AUGCAAACAGUUUUUUUUUUAUUUCUGUCCGUAGUUGACGCAGAUGUGACGGUGGUGGGUUCAGGUCCCGGCGGCUACGUGGCUGCCAUCAAAGCUGCACAGCUGGGCUUUAAGACGGUCUGUGUGGAGAAAAACUCCACGCUCGGUGGGACCUGCCUCAACGUGGGCUGCAUCCCCUCAAAGGCUCUGCUCAACAACUCCCAUCUGUACCACUUGGCUCAUGGCAAGGACUUUGAAAGCAGAGGCAUAGAAAUCUCGGGCAUCUCGUUGAACCUGGAGAAGAUGAUGGCCCAGAAGAGCGGGGCGGUAACCCACGUCAACGGUUUCGGGCGAGUGACCGGGAAGAACCAGGUGACCGCCACGGCGGCCGACGGCAGCGAGCAGCACGAGCGUUCAGGAGAAAGCUUUAAGCUAAAUUUGCCUCAACACAAGAUAAAGAAAUUGGGACAAGAACUGUUUUCUCUUGAGAAACUUCUGGAGGACUUGGAGAAAUGUGUGGAUCAACAGACAAAACAACUCAACCAGCUGAAGGGAGUGGAGCAGUUCUUCCAAAAGACUGUGGAGGACUUAAAGCACAUAAAGGACAACAUCCCUCCUCACAUCCCCCGGAGGAACGGCCCAGUGAAUGGGAACGAAGCUACCAGAAGCCAGUCUGAAGCAGCCGAUCCUCAGCCAGCUCAGAAAGAAAAUGUCAAGAAGAGCAGCAAAAACUUUGUGAAACAGAUGGAGUUCCUCACCAUGCCUGAGUUCGAGAGCAUCCCUCAGUGA